AUGGCAGAUGUACAAUGGAACGACGAUGUCGCGUACGCGAUGACCCCCUUCAAAUUGCUAAUGUGGCCCUUGGGUGCUUGGCCACUUCAAGUUUAUAAUAUUUAUUCGCUAAUACGAUGCAUGACAGUUACUUUUAGUGUGAGUAUAUUAGUAAUCCUGCCGUUCAUCGAGAUUUACUUAGGCUGCACCGACGCGGUGCAAAAUGUUGACGCACUCAUGGUAAUCUUGUGUGGAUUGCUCGGCAUGACGAAGAUGAUAUGCUUUCGCAUUUACGCGAGCAACUUAAUCAAGACUUACAAAUGCGCUGUGAACGAUUACUUGACGGUAGAAAACGCAGAGCAACGUGUCAUUAUGCUAAGACACGCUUUUAUAGGAAGGACUCUCAUGUGCACCAUGAUGUUCAUCAUUUUCUUCGACUGUUUUGUAUAUUCAUUGUUGCCUAUUGUAAAUCUUCUCAGGAAGAAUCAAAUCAAUGAAACGCAGGAAGAUGUCAUAUUGGAAUACAUACUGCCGUCAAGAUGUGCUUUGGAAUACCUAAAUUCACCUAGGAACAUGUACAGUUUGAACUACAUCAUGCAACUAAUCAUGAUGUUACUCGUGGGUGUUAGCAACUAUGGUAACGACUGUCUGUUUCUACACAUGGCGUUGCAUAUUUGCGGCCAGGUAAAAAUCUUGAAGUCCAAGUUUAUUAAUUUUGACCUCACGCGGCCCCAAAUACAGAAUCGUUUGAAUGCGCUAAUCCAUCGACAUUGCCAUUUGAUGGACAUGACCAAGAUACUUGCCGAUGCGACCAAUUUCAUUCUGCUGAUGCAGUUCUUUCUUAGUAGCUUGCUCUUAUGUAUACUAGGUUUGCAAUUUAUUUUGGCGUUAAAGGAUAAUGACAGGGCUAUGACGGUGAAAAGUUUCAUGGCUCUUAACAGCUUUCUGGCACAAGUAACGACGUAUUGUAUUAUCGGGGAUUAUUUGAAGUCCCAAAUGGAAGAAGUGGGUCAUUUUAUUUAUCAGAGCACAUGGUAUGAUUUUUCUGCGAAGCUGAUGAAAAAUCUGACUCUUCCUAUUAUGCGGUCUCAAUCUCCCGUCCAGUUACAAGCAGGAAAUUUCAUCGUGGUGAACCUCCAAACUUAUAUGAGCAUUCUAAAAACCUCAAUGUCUUACUUAUCAGUACUUCGAGUAAUGGUAGAAACGUAA